AUGGAUUACUUGCAUCUCACGUUUUGCGUAUUCAACGCGUAUUUGUCCUACACCGCCACCAUGCUGAACAUUGUAGCAAUCUACGCGAUCAGAAAGACUUCGUCUUUGUCUAAAAAUUUAAAAACAUUGCUCCUGAGCCAAGCCGUUUCUGAUCUUGGUGUUGGUUUAGUAGUUCAGCCAAUGGUUGUUGCACAAGCUAUGAACUCAAAACGAAACAGUGAAACGCGUCUUAUCCCGACGAAUCUCUUGAGCUUUGCGACGAAUCUCUUCAUCUUUGCGACAUUGUUUAGCGUCACGGCUCUCUGUGCAGACAGAUUUUUGGCGAUUCGCGUUAACCUCAGAUACCAGGAACUUGUGACAUACAAGCGCGUUGCUGCUGCCGUGAUCUCAAUUUGGGUGAUAAGCGCACUUAUUUCACUG